GGCCGCGUCGCAUUGUCGGUCAAGCUGUUGUCCGGUUUGAGUAUUACGGCCUUUCGUGUUGGAUUCAAAGCUGGAGGGAAGCGCACACGUUUGCUGAGCUACCCGACUCGUGAAUUUAGCAACCCAUCCGAGUAGUUGUAUGGUUGUAGAACAAGGUUUAUGUAUAUUGGAGGACUGGAAUGUCUAAUAAUGUGUCUGCGAAAUUGUUAGGUUCGAUUGUUUAUAAAAUACUGUGAGGAGAAAUGCCUGCCGUAGUGUAAUAGCAUUUUGUUGAUAGCCGGUUUACAAAUAGACUAUCGCCUGAAAUUUGCACGUUUGCACCUGCUAGUUAACUCUGCCUUGGUGCUGUUUCGGAUUGCUACAAAAAAGCUUUGAAAGUAUUGGUGAGAUUUUCCGAAACGCUGAUGAAAAUUUGCGAUGGGAUGGAGCAGAGAGUGUUUUUAAUGGGCGACCGAAGGAUAGGGCAUGAUGGGGGUGGUGGAUAAAAGCCGAAGGCACUGUGAUGGGAGGUGGGGGUAGAAGGGGAUUCUGAUGGAUGGCUGGAGUGUUGGGCAGAGGGGCUCGUGGGGUUGGGGCAAAGUGGGAGGGUUGGUGGUGAAGUAGGGCAGAGAUUGGGCAGGAUUGUAAUCUCUUGAUUGGGAGAUGGUGGACAUGAAAGUAAUGAGAUGUCAUGACGUUUCUGUGGAAUAGUUGGGACUUGAACCUAGAUUUUCUGAUCUGCUCCCAUGGUGCAACUUGGAAGAUAUUUGAAGGAAUUUUAUUUUUCUAAAUUGAUCCUUACAAAUCCAGGAAAGAUGAAACGAAAAGUGGUUAAAUUGAAUAGUCUUCGUCUUAGUCCAAAUGAAGAGGCACUUUUGAUAAAAGAAGAGCAUGAGAGAAGACGAAGGUUAAGAAUAAAGCAGGUCAGAGAGCAGGAGCGUUCUAUUGCUGUGCAGAUCCGAGAGGAGGUAAAACAUCGUCGUAAUCAACAGCUUGAGCAACUAGCAAAUGAGUUGAAGGCUGAAUGGCAGAUGGCACAAAUGGAGAAAGCACAGUCUCUAGAGAAGCUUUAUCUCUCUAGUUUGAAGGCAGUGGGUGAAGGACAUAGACAAGCUAAAGAAAAUGAACCAGAUUUGAAAGCUUGCUCAAAACUGGUAGCUGUCAACAGAGAAAAAGCUGAGAAAAGGCAUAGAGAAGCACUAAGGGAGUUGAAGCAGCAAAAGAAUAAAGACCAUGAAGUUCAAAAUAGGUAUAUCGAAACACGCAAAAAAGCACUACUCAUUGAGAAAAAAAGAGCAUUAAAGAUUGCACAUCUUCCACCACCUCCACCAAACCCCGUUGCUGUUCCCACAAUGUUAAACUGGUCUGUAAUCACUGGACUUAUGCUGGCAGCCUUUUACUGGAUAUCAUGUUACAAUUUUUUAGGCUUCUGGUGCCACCCUGAAUCUAAGGAGAAAUUUAUGGAUCUUGAAGUGCAAAACUAUCCAGCAGUGAAGAUGUACGAUAUUGACAGCUUCUCUGUGACACACUACCAUUUGCCUGAACCUUGUGUGGACCGAGAAAGUGACACACAACAGCUUAGUGCUGAACUGACUGCUCAAGAGGAAGCAGAGCGCUUGGAGGAUUUGCAACAAGAAGCUGAGAUGGAGAGACUGGAGCAGUUGGAGAAAGCUAGAUUGCGAGGCAGCCGUGCUCUCCAACUAGUUCAUUUAAUACAGGAUAGAGAGAAACUGGUGAAGGAACUUGGAGAAAUGCAACAAGCUGAUCUGGCACAUAGAAGGCAGACUGUAGCUCAGAUGCCACCCCAAUUGUUUGAGCCACCGUAUAGAUGUGUGCAAGUAAAAGAAGAUCGGCAGAGGGAGAUGGAAUUUGCUUUUGAGGAUAUGUACGCUGAUGAUAAAAAAGUCAGAGGUGACUUAAUACUUCAACUUGAGCACGAACCUUUACCAGCCCCAACUAUUGGAGUACAAGAUGAAGAUUUGGACCUUUCAGUUGAUCCAGAUGGAUUUCAAAAGGAACAGCAACAUGAAAACGCUACCCGGAAAGAUCUAUCAACACUACACUUGGGUAAUAUCCGAGAUCUACAGUUGGUAGCAGCCAGUCAGCCCUCUGCAUGCCCAACUAAGGCAGCCUUGAAGAAACUGUUUACCAAGAUAAAGACACAGAGGGACUAUUGUUCAAAACCUGAACCAAAGUAUAUAAACAAAGAUAUGACCAUUGAGUCUGGUUCAAUUACCAGUGAAAAAAAUGAUCAAAGAACUUUGACAAAAUCCACAGCUGACAAUUUAAGUGAAGAACAUCUAGAAAUGCUGUCAGCGCUGAUUCAAACCAAUAAACAGCAAAACAAAGUACCUGAAGAUGCCAUAAAGGCUGGAAAUGCAACGUUGAGUCAUCCAAAAGAGCAAGCAAGUGGAGCUGGAUCUGAAAUAGACAGAAGGAAACAAUUGCAGCAUCACAAGCACUUUCUGUCAAAUGUGCCAUCCCCAGACCAUGAACAUAUGUGUACAAUUCAUUGGUUUCAGCAGCACCUUAUUGAACAAAACAGGUUGCAUAAAACCUCACUGGAAGAAAUCAGGAAGCAACUGGAUGAGUAUCAGUUGAAACAAGGAUGGUCUUUUGUUUCUACUACAGCAAGACACUUGGCCGAACAGCAGUUGCCAUCUCAGAUGAAGCAUUACAACAAAUCUACUGGAUCUGAACUCCGGGUUGAUGUGACCAGGUUUAAGCCUGGAGAGACUUGUGUCCUUUCUGCUCAAUAUCCUAGCUUUGAGAAUCAAUCUAGAGCUCUGUGUCAGACCCAACCUACAAUUGUACCAUUUGUUCACUUGCAACAGACCGAAUUACCAUACAAGAUCACUUGUCAAUCACCACAAGUUAGUCAAGGGACACAAGUGCCAGUUGGCACUAUUUGCUUACCCGAGAGUUCAGAAAAUGUUUCUGUAUUUUCACUGAGGCACCAACUUUUAAAAAAUUCUACUUUAUUCAAUUCAGCAUUGCUCAAAACUACCCAGCAAGAUACUGCAAAUCCUGAGUCCACAGUUACACAACAACAAAGAGACGAAGUGGAUGCUGGAUCAAAUCGUUGUGGAGGUCCUGACAAUGUUAAUUGUCAGUCUGCGUAUAAUGUUAGCAAUAGUGAAUCUGAUUUGCCAAAAUCUAAAAAAUAUAACGUGCCUGACAGUGUACUUGAAGUGAAUGGUGUGGAGGUAUCAGAACCUUGUGCUACAACUUCAGGCACAGUUGAGCCACAACAGGACUUGAACACUGGACGAACCAAGGAGAAUUUCCAAUUAAAAAAUGAAGAUCAGCUGAAAGAUCUAGAGCCAACAGCUCCAUUAAAUGGGACAUUAAAUCCUUUAUUGUCCUAUGAUUCCAAAUCAAUACAAACUGGAAGUUAUUUCUCAGCAUCUCGAAAUGGUGACGCUCUCACAAGAGAUGAUCAACAUUGGCGACCUUCUAAACCACCUGUAACCAAGAGAAGGCUGGGACAUUUUGGACUAUUUGACCAGCACGAAUUAAGUGCAAUCCAGGAAGGAGAAUCCCCUAAAAGUGACAGACUGUCUCUAUUUGACUUGUCAAGAGUAUCAACGAGCAGCUGCCAUCAAAUGUCUAAUAUUGCAGGUAGCACUGUAGACUCCAUUCGAAUGAGCAGACUGACUUGGAGAGACAAACUGAAAUUGGAGACUAGCCAUCUCCCAGGACAAGGUCUCACUCAUGUUGAAAGCACUACGCUUGAGUUUGCUGGCCCAACAUGUCGUGCAGCUAGUAAGGUAUUAUUUCCUUAUUCUUGCUCUGGUGAUAUUCAAAAAACUUCCGAGGAAGGUCAACUAUCUUCCACCACGCUAUCCACUGGGAGUUUAACUUCAAGUGAUCCAACAGAUAUUGGUCCUCUCAGUCCAGGUGAUCAUUCCUCCACUGCUCAUGAUAUCAUGCCUGGACAGUCAACUCCUCCCUCGACUUCUUCACCUUCACUCUCUGUGAACAAGGACACAGCUGAAAAUCAAGACAUUGAGCAUUGUGGUCCCAGUUUAGAAGAAUGCAUUCCAACAGGAAGAAAAAUUCAGCAGGUAGUAGAGAAGUAUACUAGAAACCUAAACCAAUUGAUUAAUUCAAGUGGAAAGAAUCAGGACCCUGCAACUGUUCAUAAUACUUCAACCCAAGGAGUCCCUAAUUUCCAUGUCAAGCUACAGUCUUCCCAACCAGAUUCGGAUCUAGAAUUGCAACCUUUGGAGACCAGACCUGAUUUUGGUGUUUCAAGUACUUCAUUGUCUUCUACUUCUAACAAGAAUUCAAAUGUCCUUGAUACUGAUAGCAACACACACAAUCAACAUUCAAAUCCAGGCAUCAAUCAAGUCCAGGCACCAAUCAAGUCCUUCACCGACAGUAUUGAAUCCACUCCUGACCAUGGAAGUGGAGUUUGCAAUACAAGUCAAAGGAACAAGUACAUUCAGCAGGAUUAUGAUUUUGAAGAUGGUAGGUUGAAAACUUUUCAACCACUUCGACUGGAAAUUAGUUCAAACAAAUACAGUUUAGACACUGGUUCCAGAGAAAAUGUAAUGUGCAACAGACUUUCAGAACAAGGAUUUAAUAACGGUGCCUCCUCAAUUAACUGUCUACAUCUUCCUCCAUUGGAUCUUAUAAGACCAGAAACUGCAGCUGCUGGUUCACAGAUUCUUGAAUCCAUAGACCAGUCAAUUUGUUCUGAUUCAUCGACUGAAAAUUUGCAAGGAGAUGUAAGAGAAAAUACUCAGGAGUGUUUUGGCUCAUUCUCCCAGCUAAAUGCAACACAGAGUUCAGAAAAUGAUCACAACUGUGACACUUCUGAUCAAAAUGGAAAACAUCUGGAGGUUUGUGAAAGCAUAACUUCACAUGCUGUCACUUUUACCAAGCUUAUAAAAUCCAAAAAGGUAAAUGAAGUGGGUACUUUGAAUGAUCAAUCUACUGAACUCUCUAAUGUAAUAUCACCAAGGAAAAAGAAUUGCACUGGAAGUGAAGUGCUCUGUGUCUCAGAGCAGAAUCACAUGGUGCAAUCUGGGCAGUUAUCUCACGGAAGAACUCAAACAGCUGCCAGACUUGAGUUUGAGACUGAACAGGAUCAGCCACUGUCGUCAAACCUUACAUCAGAAGUUUGCACAUUGCAGAGUAUUAUACCAGCAAGGGAAAUUGGAUCAAAUCUUGGGAUCAUGGAAGAACCUGAACUCUCUCAACUGUCAAUGAAUGAUUCAACUUUAAUAGAUGAAGAACUAGGACAGGAGUCUCCAACAAAAUACAUAACAUGUCAAAAUGAAUUCCAAACAUUUACUCGGGCAAAUGAGUUGCAGCCUUCGAAGCUUAAGACCACAGAUCAUGCAAUUUCUACCUCGCAUAACUUAGUAGUUGCAGACCACAAAAUAAAUCACACAGCAUCUUCAUUUCAAAAGUCUCCAACAGUUAUGGUAUUUCAGUUUGACUCGCCUCCUAAGAUUUUGAAUGAAGUAGUUCUGAAGAAAAAACAUAAAUUUCUUGCAAAUUCUGCAAAACGAGUGGAGGAUAUGAAAAGAAAAGGAAGAUCUGGAAAAGCUAACUCUGAACUGCUGGAGAAAAAAAAGUCAUUGAAACAAGAACAACUCUCUGUGUUUGCAUCAUCGUCUGUAGCGGCUCACUUGAAGGCGGUUGGGCAAGUGAAAGUCUCUACUCCUGAAGAUAGAAAAGCUGCUGAAGUAGAGAUGCAAAAAAGAACAUUCUGUCUCUACAGCCAACUUGAUGAGGUGAAAAACAGGAAAAAAGAAGUGACCAGACAAAUAGUGUGCGCCAGAAAUAGUGAAAAAGCAAAAGAAUUCCAAAAGGUAUAUGCUAAGCCUGUUUAUCUCUGCAUUUGUGGGUAAUAACUUGAGGAAAUCUAAUAAAUUUGAGGAAGGAUAAUCUACCUGCUGAUUUCCUCUUCUUUCAUAAUUGUUAAAGAUCAAUGACAAGUUUGUUACUCUUUGAGUAAC